UGGUGGUUGUAUAAAAACUAAAAUUCGUUGGGAAUGGGCGCGUAAAAGCAAGGGUACGAUUCUUCGCAGUUUGUGGCCAUACACAUUCACAUUCACAUACACAUACUUUUCCCAAUACGGAUACAAAAUCUCCUUUUUCUUCCUCGAUCUUGAUUCAACCCUGCACAAUCAAAUGGCCUCUCUUCGUAUUCGUACCCGUCUCCCUCUCUGUUUCUCCAUACACGGGACGCUGCUUUCACGUUCUCCACUCCACCAAGGGUUUUCGGGAAGCUCCCGAAGCUACAGCGUCGUUGAAUCUUCGCAACAUUGUUUACUGAAGUCCGAUGAGGAAGAGAUAUCCGCGCUCCGUCGCGAAUUCGAAGCCGUCAAACAGAGUUUUCUCUCUAUUCCUGAUGCGCUCAGAAGAAUGCCCAAAAUGAAUCCUAAAGGCACAUAUGUGAAUAGGAACUUGAGAUUGGAUAAAUUGCAAGUUUAUGGGUUCGACUAUGAUUACACUUUGGCGCAUUACUCGUCGCAUUUGCAGACUUUGAUAUAUGACCUUGCCAAGGAGUAUUUGGUUGGUGAGCUUAGGUAUCCGGAGGUUUGCUUGAGUUUUAAAUAUGAUCCAACUUUCCCCAUUAGAGGCCUAUACUAUGAUAAGGUAAAAGGGUGCCUCAUGAAGCUGGAUUUCUUUGGUUCGAUUGAGCUGGAUGAAUGCUUCUAUGGUAGACGGAAGCUAGAUCAAAGGGAAAUACAUGACAUAUAUGGCACUCGGCAUAUUGGUCGUGAUCAAGCUCGAUCACUUGUUGGUUUGAUGGAUUUCUUCUGCUUUAGUGAGGCAUGCCUUCUUGCAGAUAUAGUGCAGUACUUUGUUGAUGCUAAGCUAGAAUUUGAUCCUUCCUAUGUAUAUGAGGAUGUUGUUCGUGCAAUUGAGCAUGUCCAUCGAAGUGGCCUGGUACAUCGAGGAAUUCUAUCUGAUCCACGUAGAUACAUGGUGAAAAAUGGAAAGAUAUUGCAUUUUCUUAAGAUGCUAAGGGAGCGGGGGAAGAAGCUUUUCUUGUUGACUAAUUCUCCUUAUUACUUUGUGGAUGGAGGAAUGCGUUUUAUGUUAGAGGAUUCUAUGGAUUGUAGAGACUCCUGGACGGAACUGUUUGAUGUUGUGAUUGCUAACGCCAAUAAACCGCAAUUUUAUACAUCUGAGCAUCCAUUCCGUUGUUACGACACGGAGAAGGACACAUUAACUUUUACCAAGGUUGAUAAAUUUCUUCCCGGUAAAAUUUAUUAUCAUGGAUGCCUGAAAUCCUUUCUCAAAAUAACCAAGUGGAACGGCCCAGAGGUGAUAUAUUUUGGAGAUCAUCUAUUUAGCGACUUGAGAGGGCCAUCAAAGGCAGGUUGGCGUACAGCAGCAAUCAUCCACGAACUAGAGAGCGAAAUUCAAAUGCAAAAUGAAGAUACCUACCGUUCUGAGCUGGCAAAGUUUCAUAUAAUACAAGAACUACUUGGUAAAUUGCACGCAACCGCAUGUAGUAGCUUGAGAACUCCAGCUUUCAAUUCACUUCUGGAAGAACUUAAUGGGGAGAGACAAAAAGCACGCAGCAAGAUGAAGACGAUGUUUAAUAGAUGUUUUGGAGCAACCUUCCAGACUAGCACAGGACAAGAAUCUGCUUUUGCCUAUCACAUCCACCAGUAUGCAGAUGUUUAUACCAGUAAGCCAGAGAAUUUUCUUUUGCAUUCACCUGAAGCAUGGCUUUAUGUUCCAUUUGAUGUCAAGAUCUUGCCUCAUCAUGUCAAGGUUCCUUCAACCUUCUUGAAAACUGGAUGAACUGCACUCCAAAUCAUUCAAACUUCUAAUAACGGAAUAAUGAGGUGACAAAUCAACUAAGCAUUUAAUUUGUGAGAGGGACUACUGGAAGACAAUUGCUGCUGUGAAAACGUCCAUUCAAUUUUAUUCUUUUUGUUCUUCUUUCCCUAAUUUCUUCUUGCCACUGCUAACUUUGUCUCGUAUGCUUCAAUUCAUUAUUUCUAUCUGCUAACUAUUCAUUACGCAAAAACAACUUAUAACUAUUAAAUUUAUAUUAAAAAUAAUUCAUUAACGAGAUUAAAAA